AUGGCUGGACUGGCAGCAAACGUACUCGGAUGGGCAGUGACCGGCUUUGCCGUUCGUGCGUGGCAGCUUGGUUUAAGGGAGCGGCCAUACAUUGGACGUACGUCUCCCCAUCCUCAAUCAUAUUCCAAUGCAUUUGCGCAUUCAAAUCCGUUUACGCGAGAUCGCUGGGACAAUGCUAACGGUAUCGGUGCGCGUACAGGAGACCUGAAGACCAUGAAACAUCACUUCUCCUACAUGGCUCUUUUCGGUGUUGCAGGAUACUUUAUUUACGGCUUUGAGCAGAGUCAAUACGAGACGGUUGAGCGUAGGAGGGAUCAGUUGUUGGAGGCUCGGAGGAACAGGGGUUUGGUUACGGAAGAGGCUUAA